AUGCAAGUUGUGGCACCAAAACCAAACCUUAAGGAAACCACAGACACCUUUAUUCAGAAUCAAACUCAGCAAAAUAAGGAGUUUAUGAAUCAACACAUUCACACAAAUGAAUUAGUUACUCAACUAGCAACCAAGUUUGACCAGAUGAUGACCCACACCAAAAUGCUUGAGACCCGGAUUUCACAAAUAGCUCAAACCACCUCUGCACAAGUUGUACCUGAAAGACAAUUCCCUAGACAAACUCAACCCAAACCCAAAGGCCAAGCAAAUUCUAUCACCUUGAGAAGUGAAACCGCUUAUGAAGGGCCUAGAAAUCCUAACCAAAGCACAUCAGAAAAACCUAAGGAAGAUGUUGCACCGAAGGACCAGGUAGAGGAACCAGAGAAACCCGAAAAGCAAUCAAAACCAGAGGUAGAGAAUCACACACAACAACCUUACAAAUCACCUAUUCCGUUCCCACAAAGGUUGAAAAACACCAAGACAGAAAACCAAUUCCAAAAUUUCAUUAAGGUAAUAGAGAAACUCCACGUAGAAAUCCCUUUUACCGAAUCAAUAACCCAAAUACCAUCAUAUGCCAAGUUCUUGAAAGAUAUUUUGUCCAAAAAACGAUGA